AUGUCCAGCUCUGAGGCUGUCCCGCAAGCAGAUCGGCGAGAGUCGGAGAAGGGCUGCCACUGGACUUCGAGGCUGAAGUUCGAACUUUGCGGCGAAGACAAUUGCCACGAGUCCGAAAUUCUGGCUUUCGACUUUCAGCGGAAGUCCUGGGAUUUUUAUGAGGGCAGAAGCACAGCACCACCAUUGGAGGAGGCUGCCUUCAUUGUGUCUAUGCCACCCGAGGAAAUGCAUGGUGCUUUCGAGCUUUGUCCGGGUAUGGUGAUCACCGGACUUCUGCUGGCUGCAGAAGCGAUGUUGUUCUCGAUGCCGCCGAGUGACCGCAAUCCUUUGCAGAUGGCGAAAAGCUACUUGCAGUUUCUGUUCACUUCGAGCCGAGAAGAUUACGACACGCUGAUCUCCAUGUGGCCAGUUCUUCAGGGUCAGCGGCGCGCUGAGGAUGCCAACUCCAGGGUUUCAACUGGACAUCAACCUUCCGUUGAUGUGGUAAUUGCUCGCUGUGGCACAACACUGCGAUGGUUAUGGUCUUUACCGCUGCCUUCCCAGGCUCGGGUUUUCAUAUACAGCAAAUGCGAUGUCAAGACAGGGGACCUACAAAAGCAACUCGAGGGUAUUGUUGGGCGAGUCGCCCAAGUCGUGGAGGUGCCACUGCCAGAUCUUACCGGUUGGAUGACAGGGGAGUGUACAGCAUACCUUCGGCAUUUACUCAGUGGUUUAGCCGGGAGCGGUCCAGUCAACGGCCUGGCGGACUAUACAAUUUUUCUUCAUGACGAUGCACCUCGACAUCUGAAACAGGAGUUCUUGUCCAUUGUCUUCAGGAGCAUAUCCUUGGGCACAUACAAUGUAUCGUUUUUGAACUUGGCCCACGAGCGCUAUGUGUCUGCUGUGACCCCUUGCUUGAAACAGCUGUACACGAUGGUCAUGGGGCGUCAGCUGACCGGCCGCCUUUCUACUUAUUGCUGCGGCCAUUUCGUUGUGAAGUCGUCUCGCUUACACGAGAUACCUUUGGAGCCACUUCGCCGGCUCUAUGCAGCCGUGCAGGCUGGAACGUACACUGCGCAAGCCGGAGGACCUUGUGAGGUUGCCAACAUGCCCUGCUACGUGGUGGAGUAUUUGUGGCAUGCAGUCCUGGGGGAGCCAGAUGAGUUGCCGUGGCGAUCUGAAGAUAUUCGCUUGCCGCUAGCUCUGCGAUACGAGGGUGGCAGAGAGACUCGAUGCGAGAUGAAAUGCCGAGGCUUGCCGUCUCCAUUGCGGUUCUCCCAGUACAUGAAACUUCAGGCGAUAUAA